AUUUUAAAGAAAUUAAUGCAUUUUUAAUUCAUGCUCACGAACUUUUUAUUUUGGAUCAAAAAUUUGAGCCCUUUUUUCAGUUAAGAAGAUUAUCUAAUAUUUCAGUUCCUUAUAAACAAGGCACAAUUGGUGGUAUUAUUGACCUG